CUGGUUUUGUCCUCUCUUUCUAUAACCUUUCUUCGUCCACUAUAAUAUAGGGUAAGCAGUGGUGAAAUUGGUUCCUGUGUUUUAAAUAAAUCUCGUGCAUUUUGAGAGAAAAACAUGAAAGUAAAAAAAGACGAUACGGUGCGGAAAAUAUCGAGGCCAAAAGCAGGCGAUAAUCUCGAAAGAGCUGUUAAAAAUGUGCAACAUAUUUUGAAGAAAAAGAAAGCAGAAGCUAAAGCUGCUAAGAAAAAGAAAACAAGUUUAACAAAAUGUACAUCUAAAUCUAAACAAUUUAAAGUGAAAAGGAGACGUAAAGGGAUAGUUUAUGUAGGACACAUACCUCAUGGAUUUUAUGAAGAGCAAAUGAAAGAUUAUUUUAAACAGUUUGGAAAAGUAACACGAAUACGAGUGGCACGAUCCAAGAGAACUGGGAAAAGUCGUGGAUAUGGUUAUAUAGAAUUCCUUCAUCCAGAAGUUGCAAAGGUUGCAGCAGAAAGUAUGAAUAAUUAUCUCAUGUGUGGGAGAUUAUUGAAAGCCACAUAUAUUCCACCUGAGAAACAGCACUUUGGAUUUUUCAUGGGAUUAAAUUGGACAGAAAAUACAUAUCCCAAAUUAGAAAAUAGGAGAAAGAUGGUCCUACGUAAAAAUCGUGAUCAAAGUACCGAAAAUUAUAAAAGCUACAUUGAAAAAUCACUUAAUAAACUUUCUACAUUAGAAGGUAAGCUACAAGAGAAAGGAAUUAAUAUAAAAUUUCAACCUAUUGAUGUACCAAAGUUAUAACAAAUAAUGAAAGUUAUAACUUGAUUUUAUAUUACUGUAAAAAAAUAUGUGGUACAUCAUUUAUGUAUUGGAAGAAUAAUGAAAAUUUAUAAGGUAAAUACAAGUCUCUAUUAUACUUGUAACAAUAAACAUUAAAUUUGUAAUACUUCUAUAAAUGAUAUCUAUCAUUAUGUACAAUUACAUCUAAGUGUUGUAUACUAAAUUAUCGAUACUUGAAAAAUAUAUCACGAUACAGUAGCGGUUUCCUAUACA